AUGUCUGAGAACGAACGUCAGCUAGUAUCUUCACUGACCAAGCCAUGCGCUGUCCCUCUGACGGGCUCGUCACAUGCGGAUACUUCGGUACCUGUUGAUGAUGGCCCUCAACCUUCUAAACCCGCAAAGCCCGCAAAGCGGCGCCGCGCCGCCGAAUCAAAGAAUAAAGCGCCGAAGAAUCAACACUUCUAUUUUGUUGAUCAGAACUCCUCUUCCAAGGAAAAGCGAGCCCAUGUGAUGCGCCAUCAUGUACAAGAGAAAAUGAAACAGCGUAAAAUGACGCGCGGGCGUGUUUCCGCUGCGCCUGGGGUGGGAAUUGCCCAGGAUAUUCAACCGGGUCCAUCUUUGGUAGCCACGCAACCCGCCUCCAAUAUGGAGACUUCGCUCCAAAUCAGGUUCUCAAAUAUGAAGCCACAGCCUCACCCUUCGCUAUCGCAACAUAUUGGCUCGCCAAUCACAAUACUCGAUGCAUCUAGGAAAGAUCCGUUCUAUAGUUUGCCAAUUGACUACGACACUCGGGACGUCGAAUUGGCCGACCACUGGAGGAACAAAUUGACCUACUGGUCCGGACAGAACUUCCACGUUAAAAAUCAAAUCUUCCGCACGGCCAUGAGCCACCCUCUCGCAUUCAAGGCAGUGGUUUUAUCCUACUGUGCGCGAUGGGAAGCACAUCUACACGACAUGUCCGACACUUACGAGAUUCAACGCCAUGUCGUGAGAGCGGCGCAACUCAUCGAAGAGGCCACCGCCGGCAUCGCGCUAGUCAAGCCGGACGACCUCAUAAUGGCACUAGGCGGAUUGGCCCUGCAGGAAGAACGAUUCGGAAACAAACACCAGGCCCAUGUCUAUGUUGACCAGGCCGUCCAAUUCAUGCGCCCGCGAACAGGAUUCAAUCGAUCGGUCGAAACAUUCAUCCACUACGUCCGAUACCUCAUGGUGCCCCAAGUCCGAUCCUUUUCCCGAGCUGAACAACAAUGGCUCCUCACCUUCCUCCGCGGCGCCAGAGACCUCAUGCGCCAACACAGCGACCCAAACUACCUCCUCAAGGCACCCCACCGUCGCAAAGCCUUCGCCAUGGAAUGUCCCCUCUUCUCCCUCCUGUCCAGCGGUCCCCGACCCUCCCAAGUCCCACAAGAGUCGCGCGUCUACGUCGUGGGCCACUCGCAGACCCAAGAGCUCAGCCGAACUGCCUCCCUCAUCUAUAUCACCACGGUACUAUGGGAUCACCAAAGAUCGCCCAGUCAAACCGACCGAUACCUUCAGCAUCUCUGCGCUAUGGUGAAACUGCAUCAUCUUGAUCGGGACCCAGCUUGCGAAACUCUACUGUGGUUGUUAUUGGAGGAAGAUCAUGAUUUUGAUUUACAAGAUCCUCGGCGGGGAUGGUCCACGGGAGAUUUGCUUAAAGCGCAUCAACAGCUCCGACCAGACCUUCAAUUUAAUUUUAACGAGAUUCUUAUGAGUUUUCUGGCAUUUCAAACGCCUAUUCGUGGGAUUGAGGCUUUUGAAGAGGAGCUUUUGCAUGGUUCGCCUUGUCCAUAG